AGCAAUUUCUGUGACAGUUGACAGUGUAUCGUUGGAGUUACUUUACGUGUCAUUCCACAGCGGUGUUUCUUCAGUCACCUGCGAAAUAUUGACGAAAACCAAAAUUUAGCAACAAAAGUCAAUUAACUAAAAUGCAUUCGGUGCUUCAGCGCGGCAACGCGCUUUUUGCGUACGCCCUUAGUGUAUUAGCGUGCCUCACAUUUGCCUGCUUUGUCUCCACAGUGUUUUUAAAUUACCGCACUCAAGCAGAUAUGAAAACCGUAACAGUAGUCGUUAAGAAUGUACCAGAUUACAGUGCAUCUAGGGAGAAGAAUGACUUAGGCUUCCUCACAUUUGAUCUACACACAGAUCUCACUCACCUAUUCAACUGGAAUGUAAAGCAGUUGUUUCUCUAUCUUACUGCUGAGUAUGAAACAGCAUCUAACAAGUUAAAUCAGGUUGUGUUGUGGGAUAAGAUUAUUUUGAGGGGAGAAAAUGCCGUUUUAGACUUCAAGAAUGCAAAUACCAAGUAUUAUUUCUGGGAUGAUGGCAAUGGCUUGAAAAACAACAAAAACAUCACCCUCACUUUGUCAUGGAACAUUAUUCCAAAUGCAGGAUUUCUGCCAAAUAUUUUCUCACAUGGAUCACAUUCCUUCAAGUUCCCAACUGACUACACCAAUUCUAGGAUGUGAUAUUCAAUUACAUAUGUGAAAGGUUUUGUUUGAGUAUUUAAUAAAAAUUGAUACUAAUUAA